AUGCCAUGGAGAUAUGAGGAGGUUAUAGAUGCUUGCGGGAAGGCUUUAAUUGAGGAGCGAAGCGCGCGAAUACGCUCUUUACUGAAUGUGGUGGUAAAGGACCUUACUGAAAUAAAGUCAAUUGCGAAUGAAACUUCUGGUCAAAAAUUAAAUGAAGCCAAUGGCGAAGCUUCUAAAAAAGCUGAAAACAGCAACGGAUUCGAGGAAAGCACCCUCAGUCAUUUGGGUUUUGUUACACAGUUAGUUCUUAUGGAAAAUUGUGGGAAUCGUUUUUCAAGCAAGGGAUUAACAGCUGUAUUGGAGUUUGCGACUGUACUUCUUAAUUCAGGGCUUAUUCCUACUUCAUUGGUAUCCAUACCUCCCGAGAUAAGUAUUACUAAGAGCCCAUCUAGUGGUGCUGGGGAAUUUUUUUCCAAACUUCUUGGUGGAGCUGCUGCAAAUCGACAUUGUGUACAAUUUUCUUCCAUCGAAAGUCCUACUGCACAAAGUGAAUUCAAGAAUGGAGCAGUAAAUGUUUUUUCCGCUGUGGUUGAGGGGGUAUUGGCGGUUGCACGGCAUAUACAGGGCAGAGACGUCAGUGAUCAACUUCUAUUUACGUUGGUUACGGCUCUUCAGGCAUCUGCAGUCCCUUGUUCUGGUCGAGCACGUUUAUCUGAGAAACCACGUGAUGAUUACAAUAAUUACUUUCUUGCCGUUCGUGGGGAUACGCUCUUACAUGUGAUUGAGGAAUUGUUUGGGGUCUUUAAAAGAAACAAUUUGAUCCUUCCUUUAGUUGAGGGAACAAAGUCUGCCUUAAACUGCAUUGCCAAGACAUUAUCUAAAGCAAUCGAGUAUGAAGCAACUGAAGUAAUUGAAGAAUCGGCAGUAGUCAAUACAAUUGGGGGAAGUUACCAAAAAGAUGCUUCUAGGAUAUUGGAGUACUGUUGUAGUUUAACCAGAUCUUCGGAAUCACCUUCCACGUCUCCUCGACCUCAAGGAAAUAUUGUGGGAAUUAUAAGUGUACCCAACGAAGCUUCUAUAAUAUUACUUACAGCUCUUGGUAUUAUUCUUCAUUUAAUAGUAAAUGGAGGGCCUACAUUUAGGAAUUCAACAGUAAUUCUUUCUGCCGUUAAGUCCACAGUUAUCCGAUGUACUUUAAGUACCGCAUUAUUGAAGGACUUGGAUGCGUUUAGGCUCUCAGUGAAUGUUUUACUGACUUGUGCAAUGAAUUUUGGGCACUUAAUGGUGAAUGAGACCAAAACCAUUUUUCGUCAUUUGUUUUUUCGAGUAUUGGAGUCGAAAACGAGUUCUUUAACGCAAAAAUCAAUUGUUGUAGAAGCAUUUCAUCGGUAUAUUGAAGAACCACAAAAUCUUAUUGCAUUAUUUUUGAACUAUGACUGUAAUACUUCCUCCCAAAGUGUUUAUGAGCAGAUGAUUGGAUACUUGGCUGCCUUAUCAGUGCCUUUUGGUAUGAAAAUGGAUGCUGUUUGUGAUCGUAAUGAAGCUGUCUCUGGAAGGAUUGUAUUGGAUUUUCUGAUUCCUGAGUCUCUUCAAAGAAGUGCAUUAUCAACUCUUUUAUUGGUUGCAUAUUCUAACCGGCAAUGGAUAGAGCGUUUUGAAUGUGACCAAACCAUUUCUUUUGGCAAUUCUUCAAAUUUUAAUAGUUCAUCAGGGAUAUCAGAAUUUGCUAAACAUUUGGAGAAACGAGUUGAACCUCAGGGAGAAAUGUUAUUAGCUGUCUCUGUUGGAAAGGAAAAUGAUCCGUUUAUUCAUGCCCUUCGAAUAAAAGAUGCAUUUCGGAAGUUUAUGUAUCUUAUGAAUGAUGUAAAAGACCCAAAAGCAGCAAUUGAGUUUUUAAUUCGGGAGCCUCUUCUGUUACCAAAUAUAACAGAAGGGGAAACAAAGCACGAGGAAUCAAUAGAGGGAAACGAAUCUGCUAUUGGGAGUGGAAUUUCUAAAAGUUCAGAAACAGCUUUGGAAACUCAUGUUAAAAAUUGUGACAAUUCCGAAGAGAAAGUAAAUUUCAAGGCAGGAUUGAUUGCCCUCUUUUUGAAGGAGAAGGAGGACUAUAUUGACAAAUUAGUUCUUGGAGAAUACUUUGCAAAAAGCUUUGGAGACCCUCAAAGGCGUAUGAUCUUUGUGAAGUGGAUUGAACAACAUUCUUUUGCCGGUAUGACACUUGAUGCGGCACUCAGAUUGUUUUUGGGGGGAUUUAAGCUUCUUGGCGAAGCCGAGGUAGUAGAUAAAACAAUGGAAAUAUUUGCUGCCCAGUAUUGCAAGGAAAAUCCUACAGCUUUUCGUUCAGCAAAUACAGCCUUUAUUUUAUCAUUUUCGAUUUGUAUGUUGAACACUGAUGCUCAUAGUCCCCACGUAAAGAACAAGAUGACACUUGAUGAGUUUGCUCGCAAUAAUAGGGGUAUUGAUGAGGGAGAUGAUGUGGAUUUUCCCUUACUAAAAGGAAUUUAUGAGCGUAUUGUUUUAAAUGAAAUUAAACUCCGUCCUUCGAGGUUUGUAACAAGUAUAACAAAUUCUGUAAUUACUGGUAGGAAUGAUUCUUUAUCAAGUAACAGAAUUUCUUCGGGUUUAUUUGAGUCUAUUCCUAUAUUAAAGCGCUUUGCUCCUGUUGCAAGGAGAAUAACAGAUACUGUUAUGAUACCUUUGGAUGUCGCAGGAAAUAUGCUUUUUAAUACCCUUCAACGAAAAAAAGAAGAAAUUUAUCAAGCUGAGCUUCGUAACGCCUUGAAGGAUGUAAUCGAAGCGCUCGAUACCGCUAAUGCACUGAAAUCUAAAUUUGUGGAAGCCACAAGAAUUGAAAAUGCUAUCCCAAUGUGGGGGAUUACCGUAGAUUAUUUAAUACGAUGCCUUUUGUGUGCUUUUGAGAGCUUUUUCUCCGUUUCUGAGGCCACAGGUUUACCCUCAAAUGCUCAGGGCUGCCAUGAUCCGACGCAAAGAUAUAUGGAUAUACCUGAAAAUCGGGAAUAUUUUGACAAUCUUCUUCGUGGUAUAGUUAAUACUGUUCGUGUUUGUUGCGAUUUUGGAAAUAUUUCUCAAGCAGAAAGCCUUAUUGAGCGUCUUUUUGAACUUACACAACUUUCGAACAUCGUAGUUCUUUCUCAAAAGCCAAUACCUUGUGUGAGCCUUUCGAAUGGGAUUUCCAAACCAAGAAUUGAAUUAUUAAAAACAAUAUUGGAUUUGUUUCUUGUCAAUGGUGCAUCCUUAACUACAAGAGGUUGGUGUGUGGCAUAUACUGGGAUUUCUUUAUUAGAACUGAUUUUCAAUGGGCUAGAAGGAAUUUGGAAAAUUCAGUGUCGAAAGCCUCCUUUAGGUGGAGGUGGAAAGCCUCUACCAGAUACUCGGUUUGGAAAAGUAGAAGAUAUUCCUACUUCUUUUGAUAAAAAUUCAGUUCAAAAACGAAUAGCAAUUUUGGAGGCUUUGAGAAGCUUCUCUUCUGUCGACGUGUGGCUAGAACGGUUAUUUGAUGCAACAGAGUACCCAUCUCAAACUCAGGUCUUUAUGUCAAACGCAUUGGUUUCCGUUUGUGAGAAGGAAUUAAUUUCUUUGCGUACUUUUUCUCUAACAAAACUAUUGGAUUUUUUGACGGUUUGUGCUUCAUUUAGUUCGCGGAUGCAGUGGAGAGAUUUAUGGAACAAUGCCAACAAAGUUUUUACUUUGGCAGGUACGAUGACAUUUGAAAUUGCAAGUUUAUCUCUUGGAGGAUUACGGAUUAUUGCACUUACUUAUCUUAUGCGUGAGGAGCUUUUGAAUUAUUCAUUUCAAAAGGAGGUUCUUAUGCCUUUUGAAUCUAUUUUGAUGGGUAAUCAAGAUGUCAAUAUUCGCCAAAAAGUGAUUGAAACGAUAGCAGAAAUUAUAGAAUUUCGUGCCAACCGUUUGGCAAGUGGUUGGAAUGUUGUCUUUUCCAUUUUAAGCCACUGUGCGGUGAUACCAGAAGUGGUUAAAUCGGCUUGGGAUCUUUCUGAAGGUGUUAUCACCUCUCAUACCGCUCUCAUGAAGGAUUGUUUUAGUGAUUUGAUAUUUUGUUUAACAUCAUUUGCGUGUAAUAAUGUGGAUGAGGAAGUUGCAUUGUUGAGUAUUUCGUAUCUGAGAGUAUGUGGUCAUUGGCUUCAGUUUGGAUUAGAACCUCCACCGGAAGAUAUACGGGAUGCCAGUGCGGUAGCUGAAUGGGCAAGUAGAUUUAAGGGUGCUGAUAAUGAAGCAAAUGCGGCACAGCUAAUUUUUGGGGUACCGCGGGUUACACUCUCUAUGGUUCCUAUCACUUCGCAGCAAACUUUGGAAAAGCCAACAACUCUUAGCGUGAAAACGAAUUACCAUUUAUGGAUGUCAAUAUUGGAAGGGAUGAUUCCAAUUAUCUUGGUUCAUCCCUCUGUGAGAGUUAGGGCGCAUGUUAUAUGUUCGCUAUGGGCUCUUAUUGAACAAUAUGCUAUUGCGUUUGCCACAAAUAUACAAGAAUCUCUUUUUACUGGAAUUCUAAGACCUGUUUUAUGUAACCUUCUUAUGCAUGCACCAGUCGAUCAAGAAACAGUUAUUGAUCCUGUGGACUAUAAACUGUUGACAUUACUGAGUCUCAAAAGCAUGUUUUUAGCCUGUCGUCUUCAUUCACACCUUUUAAAACUUGCUUGUGAAACCUUUGUGAAAAUUUGCACUACAGAUGUUUCAUUGGAGCAUGUUCAAGCAGGCCUUGUAGACGUGAUAUUGCGUAUAUGUGUGGACCUUGAACCGCGUGGAUAUGUUCAUCGGCUUGGUUUGCCUGAGACAGCAUCAGAGUUAUGGGUAACUAGGCUUUUACAUGAGCUUUUUCAGAUUGGUUACAUUGAUGUUAUUCACUUUAAAAGAACCACAGGGUGGACUGAAUUGCAUCAUGCAAUAGCGGUUACCACGCCUCGUAUAGAUUUUGACCUCAAUAUAGAAGAGGAGGCACGGAGUAUUAUUAUCAAUACGGUUCUUACCGCCGUGUUUGAUGGUAUUAUUGUUCAAGUUUUUGCAGCAAUGAAUCGUUGCAGUUUACAAGAAGAAUAUUUGCUUCUUUUCAAGGCGAUGCGACGAGCAUACCUGGUGAUUGCUUUAUUUUGUUCGGCUGAUAGCACUGGAAAAGUGUUUCCUCGGCUACUUAAUGGGCUCUCUUCCUCUUCUUUGGUCAUUCCUGAGCAACAACUCCUUAUUCCUUAUCUAUGCGUACUCAUCGAGUUUGUGUUUGCUUUGCGUUCAAACACGCCCACAAUUGCUGAGACUCAGGCAUUACGAGAAGCCAUGACAUUAAUGUGUCAAACGAUUCGACAAUCACGUGAAUUUUGUAUUCAAAACCAGGCUGAACAUAUCGCUGCUCUAGAGAGUGAUGGAACAAAGGAGGAAACCACAAUUGCUUUUAAAAAACACAGAGGACGGACGUUUGUGGACGUAUUUCGUUCUGGUAGAGCCCCUUUGAAUUGUCGUGCACAGCACAUAUCCCGAACUGUUCCGGAGCGAGUUCUUAACGAAUGGAGGUAUCUGACACACACAUUAGGGUUAAGAUAUGCAUUUACUGUUGAUGGUGUCACAGCCAGAUGCAUGCCGGUUGAGUGCCUGCACGAACUCAUACUGUUGUUACCCAGUGAAUUGGAAGAACAAUUAGUUGAACCUUUUAUUUGCAGUUGUUGGGAGGAACUUGAUGUGGGGAUGCCCCUCUUGAGAGUUUCCGUCAUAUCACAGACUCUUGGUGUUCUUGAGCGAAAGCGGGGCCUAUUACAUUCAUAA